AGACGGCAGGUAUAAGAGGGCGGAGCGGGGGCGGGGCUGUCACACAGGUGUGAUGGAGUCGGUCCCGCGGUCGCUGCUGUGGCUGUCCGUCCUGUGUGUGCUGGGCGCUGUGCUGCUGGCCAGUGCCGGGAGCCUGCUCCUCAGCGCCCACCUGCUGCCGGACCUGCCCCGCUCCUCCGCCGCCGGCGUCCCCGCCCGGAACCCACUGCUUGCCGGCUCCCUGCUGCUCCUGCUGCCGCUCGGCUUGUGGGGCUGGAGGGUGCUGAGCCGCCCGCUGGAGCUGCUGCGGAGCCCGGACGACGUGGGCUACAUCCCGGAGCGGGGCCGGAGCCGGGCUCAGACCGCCAACCUGGUCUGGAGGAGGCGGAAGAAGGGAGACCUGCCCCCGGUCUAUCCCAAUGGCUGGUUCCAAGUGCUGGACUCGCACCUGCUGGAGCCCGGGGCCGUGCACAACCUCACCGUCUGCGGUGAACAGGUCGCCGUGUACCGUACCAUGGAUGGUAAAGUGUACGCUGUAGAUGCCUACUGCCCUCACCUUGGUGCAAAUCUUGCCGUGGGCGGUAGAGUGGUCGGCGACUGCAUCGAAUGUCCUUUCCACGGAUGGCAGUUUCGAGGCGAGGAUGGCAAAUGUACCAGGAUACCCUAUGCUGAAAAAGUUCCAGAGUUCCCCAAGAUGAAGACGUGGCCGUGCUGCGAAAUCAAUGGGAUGGUGUUCAUCUGGUAUCACUGUGACCAGAUCGAGCCGACGUGGAACAUCCCCGAGCUGGAAGAGAUCACCAGCAAGAAGUGGAUCUACAGGGGGCGCACCGAGCAUUACGUCAAUUCUCAUAUAGAGGAGAUCCCGGAGAACGCCGCAGACAUCGCUCACCUUACUUGCCUACAUGAACCCGGCCUACUGAGUGGGGUUGACCUCCGAUUCACAAAGUCAAGGAUUUUGGACUUUUUCAGGCACACUUGGAAGGCCCGGUGGGAGCCAGAGCCAGCCCCCAACAAGCACUGCUCUCAGAUGUUUGUGCAGCAUUCCUCCCUGCUCUUCGGGAAGCAGUUCUCCCUGCUUGAUGUGGACGUCAUCGCUCGUCAGGUCGGCCCUGGUGUCGUGUUCCUGCACUACUCGCACUCUUUCCUGGGCGAAGGGAUGAUUCUUCACUGCGUGACGCCCAUCGAGCCUCUGCUGCAGAAAGUAUCCCACAGUAUCUACUACCAGAGGAAUAUUCCUGCCAUUGUCCCCAAGUUUAUUCUGAGGGGAUCGUCCAUCCAGUUUGAGCGGGACGUGAUGAUCUGGAACAACAAGAAAUACAUCUCCAAGCCUCUUCUGGUGAAGGAAGACGCUGCCAUCCAGAAACACCGCCGCUGGUAUUCUCAGUUUUACAGCGAGAACAGCCCCAAACUUAAUUUCCAACAGGACGGAUUGGAAUGGUGAAGACUUGGACUGGGUCUUCCCUUAAAUGUGCCAAAGAGACCUUCCAGGAUUCUGUGCUGAAAAUCUUAGUGGACAGACAGGACUAGUAGAUCACCAAGUUGUCACUGGAGGACUGAAAGACUCUGGGUAAUGGACAUUAUCAAGUAGUUAAAAAAAAAAAAAAAAAAAAAAAGAAAUCAGUUCAGAUGACUGUUCCUUGCAGUGGGUGGAGCCUGGAGGUCACACCCCUGAGGAACUAUACUGCCAUAGAAGUGUAUUUUGGGUUGGCUUUUCUAGUUCAGUAAGGAAUAAUGUGCCUUAUCUUUUUAUAUGUUGUAUAUACUUGAUAAAUCACUGUAUGCAGAGACCAAGGCUGGGUUAACAUGUACCGUAUCAUGGCCGGUAGGUAACAACGCAAUAACUGUGCCAAAUGAGGCAGUAAAAUGGGUGCAACCUGCAAAAACUUCCUGCUGUUAUUGGCGACACUACUGCUACGUGUGAACCCGGCCUUGUGAUAUAGGGACUGUCAUUACUGGGUGCCGGAGAGGAGACAGACAUCCUUCUGAUCGGAUCUCUCUUCAGACCUUGUAUGUUUUGCUUGGAGUCUGAGGACCAUUGUCCUGAAGAGCCUUUCCAGGGUGAAUACAUUUGCACUAGAUGCAAUCAUGUUGCAUAUUUGGAGGCCCAGAUCUUGGAUCUAAAUAAGCAGCUUGAAAUACUUAGAGGCAUUGCAGACCUGGAGAGAGGCUUAGACCUCACUGUGCAGGCGCUGACUGGGGUCAGUGAAAUGGAGGUGGGAGGAGGAGGGUAAGAUCAGGAAUAUAAGGUCAGCAGUUGGGUAAUGUAGGAAGAAGGGGUAGAGGGAAAAGUGAAAGGGAGGCUAGUCCUGAGCUGUAGCGCCCUAGUAAAGAUGCCUGGUAUUGGGGAUGAAAGCCCAGGGCCAGCAUCACUGCAGCCGGGCGUUUCUCCUAGCAACCAGGAGGAUGCCCCCUGCAGGAAGGAUAGGAAAAGGAGUACAGUAAUGGUCAGACAUACUGGUGGUAGGGGACCCUAUUAGGCGGACAGACAGGGUCAUCUGUCCAUCUGAAUUUCACAUAUAUAACAUUAAAAUUGUUAACAAAAUUUGUUAUGGAUAAUACUGUAACACAAAGCUUAAGACUUUACAAUCAUUCUGCAUAAUUUAAACUCAAGGUGGUGGCUCACUUCAGGCAGGGUUCUGGAAUAGGUGCUACUAACUGUCGUGCCUUUUCAUAGGUAAAUGCAUUGAUAUCCAAUUCAUUCUAGUCAAGAUGAAUGUGCAUUGCCUGUAAGAGCCAUGCUCGACUAUAGUUACAAUUUUGUAUGUCUUGAGUAGGCCACAGUAAGGUCACACAAAGGUUUCUACUCUUCAGUGUUAUUCUUCUCAUGAAUGUACCAGUCUGAGAAGAGGCCUCCUUGUCUGCUUUUAAAUUUAUGACGGGAGAUAAAGAUAAGCUCUAUGCAGCUGGUGAUAAUUACCUAU